UGCGUGCUAGAAUAAACCUCCUUGAUAGACAGCUUUAGCGGUGAGGGUGUCUGCAUUGACUGUAAACGGCAGAACAGUUCACUGAGAAGGUCAACAGGAGAGUAUUGUGAGGAUAAUUAGAGGACAAGCUUAGUAAUACGACCCACAUUACAUAUAAUUGGCUGCAUCAUCUGUAGGUUGUCAGGUCAUAGACAUAGCUAGCCAGCGCUAGCUAACAUAGACGCUAACUGAAAGUGUCAAUUAGUCUACCUAACGGUAGAUCACACAGUUGGUGACUGUAACUGUCUGUUUCACGGUAGGUAAUAUUUAGUCCAUCUUCCGGUACUCUCAGGGGACGUUGAAGAGCGACGAUGGACUUCGUUGCUGGAUGCAUCGGAGGGGCUGCUGGAGUCUUGGUUGGACACCCAUUUGACACGGUUAAGGUGAGGCUGCAGGUCCAGAGUGUGGACAAGCCUCUGUACCGUGGGACCUUUCACUGUUUCCAGUCCAUCAUUCGGCAGGAGACGUUAUUUGGUUUGUACAAAGGCAUCGGAUCCCCCAUGAUGGGCCUCACAUUCAUCAACGCCAUAGUGUUCGGAGUCCAGGGGAACACCAUGCGUCUGCUGGGACACGACACCCCGAUGAACCAGUUCCUGGCGGGCGCAGCAGCGGGCGCCAUCCAGUGUGUCAUCUGCUGCCCCAUGGAGCUGGCUAAAACCCGGCUGCAGCUGCAGGGUACUGGAGAGAAGAAGUCCUCCAGGAAGUUGUACAAGAAUUCCCUGGACUGCUUGGUACGCAUCUACAACCGGGAGGGUCUGCGGGGCGUGAACAGAGGCAUGGUCACCACACUGAUCCGCGAGACGCCCGGCUUCGGGGUGUACUUCCUGGCCUACGACGUGCUGACGCGUGGACUCGGGUGUGAGCCAGAUGACCGCUUCAUGAUCCCCAAACUGCUGUUCGCAGGGGGCAUGGCUGGCAUCGCAUCCUGGCUGUCCACCUAUCCCGUGGAUGUGAUUAAAUCGCGGCUGCAGGCGGACGGGGUGGGGGGGGUGUACCGAUACAGCAGCAUCGCCGACUGUGUGCGGCAGAGCGUCAGGAGAGAGGGCUACAUGGUGUUCACACGAGGCCUCACCUCCACGCUGCUGAGAGCCUUCCCCGUCAACGCAGCCACUUUCGCCACCGUCGCCCUCAUCCUCAUGUACUCCCGGGGGGAGGGGCAAGGACCUAAAGACUGCGAGUUGGCCCCGACGGGUCACCAGGCGCAGCUUCAGCAGCAGGCCCACCCCUCCAGCCUGUGAUUGCACAAAAGUCUCAACAUGGGCACUUUACUAGAGCAUGGAAAGAAGAAACAAACAUUAAACAACGUUAUUACUGUUACUAAGUCUCAUAACAGACCAGUCAUUCCCAAUUGUAAGUCAAAAACAGUCUGUCAUUUUUCAUAGGAAACAAAGGAAAAUAAGUGUAUAUUUUUCUCAGUUUCAGUCUCGCCUCUGACGAUGCAGAGUUGUAAACGUGUUACCUCUAAUAAGAAAUUAAGUUAUUUUGCCGCAGUUUUACAAAUCUCUUGUAUUACACUGAUCCAGACUUGUUACUGAGCCACACAAGUGAGGGUGUGGCUAGGUAGCGUGUGCACUGAAGGUUGAUAUCUCUAUAUAUUUAACUGCACCUGUGUUUAUAUCAUUGUCUUUGAUUCAUUUCUUUUCUAAUGUUUAUUGGAAACAUUUUCCCUGCCUUAUAAUAUGAAUAAUUGUAUUUUGUUGAAGCUGAAGCACCUGUUUGUGACUGAAUUGUAUCCUGUGGAGAGCCGAGAGAGAGAUGGAAUGUAGCUUUUUGCGCAGAACUUAUCACUUUUGUGUGCUUUUAAACCAAAUGAACAUAUAGCAGCUACAAUCUAAUCCCCACUAAAGCACUAUUACUCGAUGCGGCGCACAUCAGUACCUAAUUCUGACUGAAAUUGAAGGGACUGAAGUGUGCGUAGCAGGAUUUGAAGAUGGCCUUUUGUUUUAGGUCUUGUUUGUUUGUAUUGCAUUUAAGGUUUUACCAAACAAUGUGAAGUUUAUUUAUCACUUUAACAUUACUUCUGCUUUAUGCCCCGGCCACACGAGGACAAAAACGGUCGUUUGCGGUACUGUUUAGUGUCAUAUAGACCGUUCGGCCACACAAGGACGACCGAAUACGGCACUAAACGACUGCGGAAAUUAUAACGGGUCCCAAGGUGAAUAGGACGGCAUA